UUCACGAUAGUGAUCUAUAGUGAAAAUGAAGGCAGAGUGCAGUUGAUACAGUGUCGCGACGCCGCGCACACAGCGUGGGCCAGGAUGACGCGUGCGCAGGUUUUUGUUGUGUUGUUAACGAUCGCGCUAACGGCCGGAGAAGAUGUUGUAUCCACACCGAAGCCAAAGAAAGUGCUAGACACGGUCAUGAAACCAGUCUACAUACCGACGGAAGAAAAAUAUGGUUCCUUCUGGAGAAAAUCUGCUCACCAAGUCCUUAACUCCAAGUUGAAGGAGACUUUGAAUAAGAAUAAAGCCAAGAAUGGUAUAUUGUUCAUUGGUGAUGGAAUGUCCUUGGCAACUGUUAUGGCUGCAAGGACGUUUGAAGGGCAGAUGAAGAAGGAGUUGGGAGAAGAUAACGUGCUUGAGUUCGAGAAGUUUCCUGUCAGUGGAUUGGCUAGGACUUAUUGCAUAGAUGCUCAAGUACCAGAUUCAGCCUGCACAGCAACGUCCUACCUAUCAGGAGUGAAGACCAAGUAUGGCGUCAUUGGUCUAGACGGCAACGUCACCAGAGGAUCUUGCCACUCCCAGCUGUAUAAACAAAACUGGUCUCCUUCUAUUGGGCAGUGGGCGCUGGACAAAGGACUGGAUGUCGGUUUCGUUACAACCACCCGAGCGACUCACGCGUCGCCAGCAGGCAUGUACGCACAUACUUCUGAACGCAACUGGGAAUCCGAUGCAGACGUACCUGAUGAAUGCCUGAGCUUGGGUUGCAGGGAUAUCGCCUUCCAGCUCGUUACUAGUGAUCCUGGAAGGCAAUUUAAGGUGAUAAUGGGAGGUGGCCGACGGGAGUUCAUGCCAAAUGUGACAACGGCUUUGACCAACAGCACGGGGAGAAGAACUGACGGAAUUGAUCUGACUGAGCUGUGGCACGAAGACAAGAUUAAGAAGAACGCGACACACCAAUACGUUACUGACAGAAAUGAUCUUUUCAAGGUGUACAACUCUGAUGACUUGCCCGAGUACCUUUUGGGCUUGUUCCACGAUGAUCACAUGGAUUACCACUUGAAGGCGAGCAACCAACCGACCUUGGAGGAGAUGGUCGAAGUGGCCAUCAAGAUGCUGAGUAGAAGUAGCAGGGGAUACUUCUUGUUUGUGGAAGGAGGCAGAAUAGACCACGCACACCACGACAGCUACGCUCAUCUGGCACUCGACGAAACCGUAGAGUACUCUAAAGCAGUCAAAAAAGCCAGAGAACUGACGAAUGAGGACGACACUCUGAUAGUUGUAUCGUCAGACCACGCUCAUACUAUGACAGUCGCUGGUUAUCCCUCAAGGGGUAAUGAUAUUCUUGGAGUCGUGGACACAGCAAAGGGGGACGAUGGAAGGCCUUAUACUACGAUAAGUUAUGCUAAUGGCAAAGCAGCGUCGAUUGAUGAAGGUGGAAGGAUUGAUGUGACUUUGAGCAGUCAGUUUAGCAACCGCACUCUGGACUACUCUUACCCAAGCCUAGUCCCCUUGGACUCUGAGACCCACGGAGGUGAGGAUGUCGCAGUUUUCGCCUUUGGACCCUGGCAACACCUCUUCACGUCCAGCUACGAACAGUCCGUCUUACCCCACCUCAUGGCCUAUGCUAUGUGCCUUGAUGAUAAUAACCAGCAUGAAAACUGUAGAAAGCGUCGUAACAACGGGGUUAAUGUUAAACCAAAUAAGUAUUAUGUUAUAAGCUUGUGCGCUGUGAUAUUUAUUAGUAGUCUGUAUAUUUGAGUAGUGAAUUGUUGAGGCGUAGAUACUUAAUUUUAGUUUUAGGUUUUGUUUAUUGAAAGCACUCGAAGUGAAUGCCAUUCUGAGAAUAAUAGUCGAAUUUUUGCGGCUAAGGAUGCCUUAUAAUAUGCAACUGACCUGAAUUGAUAAAAACUCCCAUUAAAAAUUCUGGUGGCAUUUAUCUCGCGAACAAGGUCCUCAUGCAGCUACGAAUAUGAAAGAAAACGAGACAAAUGCAACAAAAAUAUUUAAAAAAUGUUGUAGAAAGUGCGUUUUAUCAUAAUACCUACUAUGUAUUUAGUCAUGAUAAAAUUUUGAACUUAGUUGUCUUUAAUCGAACGAUCUUUUUCAUGAUAUUUUCACUACUAAGCUUACCUACUUUCCAAUUCUUUUUUUCUACUUUGUGCUAUACUUAAUUACUAGAUUCAAAACUGAAAAUUCCUUUACAGCGUUGCAUUUAAC